GAGACAUUCAGACAGGUGGAGGUGGAGGAGACAUCAUGGAGACGGUGGGGACAUUAGUGCCUCUCCUCCUGUGUCUAUCGGCCACAGCAGCAGUUUCAGGGAUCGGCUCCACCGACACGGUGCUGACCGCCGCCCCGGGCUCGGACAUCACCAUACCAGCCUGCUUUCCCGUCAGUAAUUUGACCAUAGUGACACUCAUGUGGAGUAAAGUCAACGGAGAUGGAGGGACUUCACUGGUUCCUUCUACCGGGCGCUUCACAGUCCUGUACGGCCACGAGCUGCAGAUCCAGGGGGUGACCCCCGGAGAUGAUGGCAUCUACGAGUGCAGCUGGUCCAACAGCCCCUUUCCUGCGCCUCGCAACACGUUCUACUCACGUUACCGGCUUCUAGUCACCAGUGGUCCAGAGAACGUGUCCUUGUCCAUCGGGCCGGCGACCCCUCUGUCCAACGGGACGCUCAUCGUCUACCGAGGCUCCAGCGUCUCCUUCAACUGCUCCGGCUCCUCCUUCCCGUCCCAGCACCUGACCCUGACCUUCUCAGGAGGCUCGUCCAGCAACGUGUCGCUGGCCACCGGCUCCGGGUCGUGGCUGAGCUACACGAUAGAAAACAUCCAGCCCAGCAACCAGGGGCUGUACAGCUGCAGGGCGCACAACAACGUGUCCGACCAGACGGUUCAGAAGAGCCAUCAGCUGCUGGUUUACUAUGCACCGGACAGACACCCUGAUUGCAGUUGGGCGCCAGCGGAGGACGCCUCCCACGCCCUUUUCAUCUGCACCUGGUUUGGAGCGUAUCCCCCCCCGACGCUGCGCUGGGUGGAAGACCAGGGCGACCAGGGCGCCCAGUGGAAAGGACGCGUCUUCGUGACGGAGACGAGGGACAGUCUGUCUCUGAGCUUGAACCGCUCGCUGCUGUCGGAGGGGCAGAUUCUGAGGUGCAUGGCCAAGAGCUUCGACGCUUCAGAGAAGGAGAAGUCGUGCUCGCUCACCCUCAAGCCUCCGUACCCUAAAGGCGAUCCGCUGGUCUCGGCCCUGGAGGGCACCAGCGUCACUCUGACCUGCACCGAGGACGCCUCCAUCCCCCCGGCCAACACCACGUGGAGGAAGGGGCUCCAGCAGGACGCCAUCACGCCCGGGUCAAAGUACGUCCUGACCGAGGACGGCCCCGCCCUCAAGCUGACCAUACACAACCUCACCGAAGAGGACGAGGGCGUGUUCUUCUGCCGCAGCGAGAACCCGCUCAACAUCAGCGAGCUGGAGGUCGGCCUCACCGUGAGAACCCCCUCCGCUUUCACAGGAGCCGUCGUCGGCAUCAUUAUCUCGGCCCUGGUCGUGGGACUGGCCUUCAUCGUGGCCAAAUCGCUGUACUCCUGCCGAGACCGUAUUUGCUUGGGAGGUGAUUUUGGGCAAACUGAGGACGACCGGAGAGAAGUGAUGAGUCUGGUGGAAUCAGACGACGACGAGCAGAUCUUUCAGGACGCCGUUCCCCGGCUGCCUCCGUUAACCAACGGCAACCACAUGACGCUCGCCCAGAUCCACCAGAUCCCAAAGGGCGACCAUGAGGACGUGGACCCUGGGGACACCAGCUCUCAGCAGCAGGAGGACACCGAACAGACAGAACAGCCGGUGGAUCCUGUCACUUAUAUAUUUUAGGUGUUUUUAGAUCAAAGUUUUAGGCAAAAACAAUGUACUGAGAAUGUGAAUGUGAAAAACUCUGGUGGAAGACUUUUGUAAAAAAAUAUUUCUUUUAAUUUGUUAUAUUGUAAAUAGUGUUACAUGCAGCGAGGUCAGGGUCCAAGGGUCAAAGGGUCAAAGGAUGAGGAUGAUAAUUUCUUUUUGACCUGGUCUCAGAUCAGCUGCCAUACGAGCUGUUUGGCUUUUUGCUGUUUUCUAUUGCAACUCUCUGUGAGUUUUGUGAGUGUGUGUGUGUGUGGGGGGGGUUUGGACAUGAGUAAAGUCAGGGCACCUUUUACACUUCACACAGACCAACAUGUAUAGACACACAAGGAUU